CCAUGGAGGAUGUACAGGGUGUACUAGCUAAGAAGAAAGGACUGCCGUGUGAUAUAACUCCCAGAGAUAGAGAUGACGCUGUAGCCAUGGUCCUUUGGUUUAAAGAAAGUAUUGGGGAACCAUUGUAUAGCUUCGACGUGAGAGGUAGACAUUUCAAUCAGGCGAAGUUGUGGUCGUCCCCAACAGUUUUUGGAACACGCGCCUACUUCCGAGCUGCAACAAAUCCAGCAACAUUAGUUAUAGAUGAUAUACAACUCACAGAUGAAGGCAUUUACAGAUGCAGGGUGGAUUUUAAAGAUUCACCCACUAGGAAUAGCAACGUGAAUUUCACAGUUAUCAUCCCGCCUGAAAGGCCUGUUAUUUAUGAUGGACGCCGAAGAGAUAGAACGACAAAAUUGGAGCUAUAUUACAAUGAGGGAUCCGACGUCAAUUUAAUCUGCGAAGUCGCCGGAGGCAGACCCAGACCUCGGGUUACUUGGUUCCUGGAGAAUACCAUCAUCGAUGACUCAUACGAGACCCGCUCCGAUGGUACUGUCGUCAACCAUUUAACCUUCCCAAAUGUUGGAAGACAACAUUUGAAAUCAAGACUGAUAUGUCAGGCAAUGAACAGCGUUCUGGCACCACCUGCAACCAGCUUGGUAGUACUUGAUAUUAACUUGAAACCCCAAUCAGUAAGCAUUCUGACAAAGGAAAAGCAGGUUUCAGCUGAGAAGAGGUACGAGGUGGAAUGCAGGACGACCGGAUCCCGGCCGGAAGCCGUGAUCACCUGGUGGAAGGGCAGCAGACCAGUUAAGAAGCUGGCGAAGAAUUUCUCCGAGCAGAACAACCAAAGCCUCAGCAUCCUGACUUUCGAACCGGUGAUCGAUGACGAUGGCAAAUACUUGACCUGUCGGGCGGAGAAUCCGUCCAUCUCCGACAGCGCCCUCGAGGACAAGUGGAGGCUUAACGUACACUAUAUGCCUGUUGUGACGUUGAAGAUGGGUUCGAGUUUGAACCCGGAGGACAUCAAGGAAGGCGAUGACGUCUACUUCGAAUGCAAUAUACGUGCUAAUCCGAAAAUGUAUAAACUCUCCUGGUUCCAUAACGGCCAAGAAAUUCACCACAACGUAUCGGCUGGGGUAAUUCUCAGCGAUCAGAGCUUAGUCCUGCAGAGUGUGACACGUGCCACUGCUGGGGAUUACACUUGUAUGGCGGCCAAUUCGGAGGGCCGUGGAACCAGCAACCCAGUCACCCUCACAGUUAGAUAUGCUCCCGUUUGUGUGCAGGAUCGGGAGGAGUUAUACGGUGCAUUGAAGCAGGAAACUGUUGCGUUACGAUGUCAGGUCGACGCGAAUCCUGCUAUUGUGACGUUUCAUUGGACAUUCAACAAUUCCGGAGAUUUGACUGAGGUUUCGACCACCCGCUUUACCAGUGAGAUGUCUUCUUCCAGGCUAAACUACACCCCCGUUUCAGACAUGGAUUAUGGUACAUUAUCCUGUUGGGGCCAGAACGAGGUUGGCCACCAGCACGUGCCGUGUGUCUUCCAGGUAGUAGCUGCAGGUCGGCCGUUUCCGCUGUUGAACUGCACGGUGAUGAAUCAAACGUCGGACUCAUUGCAAGUUGAGUGCAGCGAGAGUUUCGACGGAGGUCUGCCCCAAAGUUUUCUGAUGGAAAUACUGGAAACUCCGAGUCUACGUUCCAAAAUCAACGUGACUGCAGCCAGGACUCCUCCAAAUUUUUACGUGGAUGGCCUUGAAGCUGGAGCUAGCUACAAAUUGAUGCUUUACGCAAUAAACGCAAAGGGUCGCAGCGAUGCGACCAUCAUCGAUGCUGUCACAUUCAAGGGCGUCGCCAAAUAUACAGGUACUUCUGCAGGAAUUCCGGUGAGUCCCUUGAUCCUGGUUUUAUUGGCAACAGUGGGCAUCUUAGCUGCAGGAGUCUGCCUGGUCCUGGCUGCCCUAUGUCGAAGGCACUACACUAGACCCUGUCAUCGCGACGGCGGCAGUAAGCACGUUCCCAUGGAGGCAGUAAUCGCGGCAGAAGAUCUUAUUGUUGAUGGGCACAUCACAGGCGUCAGAUCGCCCGUCAUACCCGACACAUCUAUCAUCGAAACAUUGCGCAACGGACCAACCUCGGAGGGUUCCGAUCCCGACAUCAUCAGGAAUCAGUACGAUUUUCCGUAUGCAGAAAGAAGACAAACGCAGAGUUUCAUGAAGGUGUAUGAACCACCGAAGCAGAAGAUCGACGAGAACGAGGACGAGGUUGAAGAUUUCGAAUUUAGACAUGUUGCCAAAGAAAAACACAUCCCAUCGCAAACGGUAUACAGGAGUCUCCAAAGGCAAAAUAGAAUCCCGGUAUCGGCUGUCACUGGUUCCCAGACUCUCACGCACAAGUAUAGAGGCCCAGAGGUUGUCACAACAUCUAACCGAAUACAGGAGAGUUGCAUAUAAAUGUACUGUUUUUAUCUAUCAUAUGUAUAUUAUUAAUGUAUUUAAAAACUAAUAAAUUGAAUUAAUAUUCACUGUAAGCAACAUAAGUAAUGCUUUAAAUUCCUA